AUGGAGAUUCCACUGUGUUAUCGUUUUGAUCCAACUGAUGAAGAAAUCAUUCUCCAUUAUCUUUAUAACAAAACUCAUGGCUUCCCGCUCGUUUCAUCAUCUGCUGUGAUUGAGUGCGAUCUCUACGAUGAAACUGAUGCGUGGGAGAAGUUCUUUGAAGCCACAACAGAGACUACUCUUUACUUUUUCACAAAGCUUAGAAAGAAAUCGGAGAAAAGUUCCAGAGUUGAACGUGCUACAGGAGGCGGAAAAUGGAGAACUCAGGGUGAUGAAGAUUUGUACAACGGUGGUGACAGAAGACAACACAUUGGAUACAAACGGAGUCUUACGUUUAUCCCCAAGAAGACUGAAGAAAAGGGAAAAUGGGUGAUGAAGGAAUAUCGGCCUCAUGGUUUGGAUCAAAAGGAAAAACACGAUAUAUAUAUAUAUCGUGUUUUUCCUUUUGAUCCAAACCAUGAAGAAAUACUUCCCCAUUAUAUAUAUUUACAAUCAAACGAUGAAGAACAUGGAGAGCUAGCUGAACAAGAAAAAAUGUGUACAGCAGUUGACAGAAGACAAUCCAUUGGAUACAAUUGUACCAAUAAGAAUCUAAGAAGAAAACUGCAAGUGGAUGAUGCAUGA